AUGGCGAUUUCGCGGCAGGAGCUGGAUUCUCUGCUGCAAAACGCCGUGUGCUAUGUGCACGAGGCGGAAGACAGACGGCCCGGUGCAGUGGCCCCGCUGGAGGUGAGUAGGCCGAAAAAUCGCGCGCUAACCGCAGUUUGUCGUCUCGUACUAUCUGGACCGGAUAGCGCGUACAGGUUCGACGACAGCGUGCUGUCAAAGGUGCGAAUCGAGCGGUGUCUGAAUCUUGCUGCGCUGCUUGACCAAUCGCUAGCAGAUGUGGAUCUGCUAGUGAUUGAGGACAUACGCGGACUCUUUAAUCUUGAGUUUGCGAAAAACUACACGGGAGGUGCGUAUUUUUCGACUUUUACUGACCGGUAG